CUCAGCGAGCUGCCACAUUUGCUGAUAGAAAUUUCUCGUGACUCAGGAGCGCUAGAACUGAUGCGCAGAGACCUUUUUCUACCGGGGAAAGUGCCAUGUGACCACGCGUGAGUGAAGUUUUGACAGAGACGAAAAGGCAAAUAAACCGCAUAGAAACAGUCAUUCACCCACGCUACCACUUGUACUAACACCUUGUCUCAUUUUUUUUUUCGGGGAAAUGUGCUUUUCAAAGAACUUUUCGCCAUUAACACUUCAACUGUGAUAUUUGGCCAAAGAACUUCUGUGACACUCAAAGUGUAACAUUGUGUGGAGCAGGAAAGACUCAAAUCUUGAGAAGUGUAGAUUUUUUUUUUCGUAAAAGUGGUUUCAAAAUUUGUUGUUUCUCAGAGUGAUAAGACAUCCGUUAAUAGUAUAAAUAUUCUUCGAGGCAUCUCUGCUGCUUUCUUGUGAUUGUCCUAGUUCUUAAAAAGAAUUUUUCGCCCCCUCGUGAAUUAUUAUUGUCGCAUUGGUGUCCACAGAAGCAUGUGAAAAUCAAUAGGUUACAUCCCCAUUUGGCGCAUAUUCCUCGUAAAUAGAACUCUAACGAUUUCACUUAAUUGCUCUGCGGGUUGAAGAGAUGAAAAAUUAUUGCUGCAUUAAUAAAACCCUUGAGAAAAGUCCCCACAAGGAUAUUCAAAAAUUGCUUUAUCAUCUUCCACAGUCCUUUUUCUCAGAAAGUGCUAAAUUUUUCGUCACUGUCACGUCUAAGGGUAAAAGUGGUGAAUGUGAGGGGAAAGACUCAGACAUGCGCUCUCCGGACAAGAAUCAUCCCAUCCUAUGACGUCACACACCGGUGUACUUCACUGUAUCGUCUACCACGAAUAUUUUUGACACGUGAAAAAUUAUUCAGUCUGUGAGCUUUUCCUGGCUAUCAUCACUGCCAGUAUGAGCAUUUUUCUACCAUUCCAAUCAAAAGACAUUCUAUCCAGAACAUCAACUGGAUUUGUGUAAAAGCUUAAAUUAGUUGAAAUAAAAAAAGUUAUUGGACUUUUUUCGACAAGAAAAGACGAAGGAAUAUCUCAAUGGCGGAAAAGUUAGGAUGUUGAAAAAAGUUGCGUGAACCACAGAUCUGCAAAAGUUUUAUGCACUAGAGGCAGACCACUGAGAGAUUUGCAGAAAUUUUCCAGGAAAUAUCUGGAAGAAAUAUCACUAUGACAAAUCUCACGCAUUUAUUGGAGGAAGUGGAUGGAUACCUCCACUACCUGGGUGGACCGGCUGGGGCAAUUGCUCUGACGGGCAUCGCGGCGGCGUCUGCUUACUACUUCGCCUCGAGACCAUCACCUGAAACACCAUUAGUGCCUCUCGACAAUCAGAGUCCAAUACUUGAGGGUCCGGAGCAGAUUCACGUCUCCAAGUUCUACAAAGAAUCAAAAACUGGAAAAUUUGUGAGUUAUAUCACUGAUGAUGCGACAACUCUGUAUGAGACCUUCAGAAAGGGUGUUUAUGCAUCGAAUAAUGGACCUUGUCUGGGUUGGCGCGAUAACCUAGCAUCGCCCUACCAAUGGAUGAACUUCAAUGAGACCCUGCUGAGAGCGAAGAAUUUUGGAUCGGGUCUGAUGUCUCUGGGGCUGCAACCGCACAAUCUAGUAGGAAUUUAUUCACAGAACAGACCUGAAUGGAUUCUACUGGAACAAGGUGCCUAUUGCUACAGCUUAGUUAUUGUACCGCUCUAUGACACAUUGGGACCAGAUGCUUGCGCCUUCAUCAUCAAGCAGACAGAUAUGGCUGUGGUGGUUGUUGAGGAUGACAAGAAGGCCAAUCUACUGCUGGACAAGUGUCCUCGAACACUCAGGAAAAUCGUGGCGAUAAAACCUAUGAGACCGGCUACGACGCAAAGAGCAAGAAAUCGUGGAAUUGAUAUAUUUUCCUUUGAUGAAGUCGAGAAACUAGGAUCACAAAAGGCCCAUGUUGAGGUCCCUCCGCAACCGCAGGAUCUCUGCACAGUCUGCUACACAUCAGGCACAACUGGAAAUCCUAAAGGAGUUAUGUUGACGCAUCAAAAUGUUGUAGCAGGGGUAUGCGCUGUUCUUUUGCAAUUGGGUGACCACAGACCACGAGUCGGAGACGUGAUGCUAUCUUUCCUACCGUUGGCACAUAUGUUAGAACGUUGCUGUGAGAACGGCGUGUACUACUCCGGAGGAGCUGUAGGCUUCUACUCUGGUGAUAUUCGAGAGCUCACCAAUGACCUCAAAGCUUUGAAACCUACAGUAAUGCCAGCCGUACCACGUCUCCUAAAUCGUGUAUAUGACAAAAUCCAGACGGAAAUCAGUCAAUCUGGCCUCAAGAAGAUGAUCUUCAACAUGGCACUGAGGUCCAAGGAGGCCGAUCUAAGGCGCGGUAUCCUCAGACGAAACAGUAUCUGGGAUAAAGUCGUCUUCAAGAAAGUUCAGGAAGCUUUUGGAGGCAAUCUCAGGCUAAUGGUCGUUGGUUCCGCUCCCUUGGCUGGAAAUGUUCUAACCUUCAUUCGAUGUGCUUUGGGAUGCGUCGUGUGUGAAGGUUACGGUCAGACAGAGUGUACAGCUCCAGUAACCCUGACAGUUCAGGGUGACUUUGUUCCCGAGCAUGUUGGACCACCAGUUGCAUGUAAUUGCAUUAAGCUGGUUGAUGCACCCGAGAUGGAGUACUACGCCCAUGAAAAUCAAGGCGAAGUAUGCGUCAAAGGUACUAAUGUCUUUGUGGGAUACUACAAGGAACCCGAAAAAACAGAAGAAGUAAUCGACGAAGAUGGAUGGCACCAUACAGGUGAUAUUGGAAUGUGGCUGCCCAACGGCACCCUCAAAAUCAUCGAUAGACGAAAGCACAUCUUCAAACUAAGUCAGGGAGAGUACAUUGUGCCUGAGAAAAUUGAAAAUAUAUACUUGCGUAGUCAGUAUGUUGAGCAAGUUUUUGUGUACGGAGAAAGUCUCAAGAGUUGCAUUGUUGCUGUUGUAGUGCCUGAUGUGGAUGUUCUCAAGUGCUGGGCUCAGGAAAAUAAUAUCCCAGGCACCUUGAGCGUCCUCUGCAAUAAUCCCAAAAUUAAGGAGCUCAUCUUCAACGACAUGCUCACAUGGGGACGUGAAGGAGGUCUCAAGUCAUUUGAACAGGUCAAAGACAUCUAUUUACAUCCAGAUCCCUUCUCAGUUCAGAAUGGCCUCCUGACGCCGACCUUCAAAUCGAAACGUCCAGAACUUAAGAACUACUUUAAGCCCCAACUGGAGGAUAUGUACAAACAAUUAGCCUAACCACGUUACAUUCACUGAAAUACAUCGAUAUUUCAGUUGAAUUUCUUGAGCGGAAAAUGCAAAAAAAAACUUUCAAAACAAAUACUGGUAAAUACAAACAUUAAAAAAUUCUUCUUACACGUUCCUCAAAAACUAUUUUCUUUUAAACUACGAAAAAAACGAGAGAAAUUAAAAAAAAAACUUUUUGCUAUAUAAAAAUAAUAAUGAAAAGAAAGGAAAUUCUGAAAAAAAGAACAAAAAAAAAUAUUGGACACGUUUUUGCCUCAGACAUCUGAUACAUAAUCAAUGCACGCAAUAAGUAAUUUUUACCUCCUAAAAAAAUAAAGUGAAAGGAAUAUUUAAAGGUUAUUGUAUCUGUAGUAAAACUUAUUCGUUUUUUUUUUAUUUAGAGAAAAUUAAUUAGUUCUUUGUCAUAGGAAAUGGGAAAAGUGGUGGGAGUCUGGUUGUAUAAUUUUAAUAACCGAAUUUAUCCUAAAUGAUAAAUAUUUGCGUAAGAAAAUGUUGAUUAUGAAUUAAUAAAGUUGAAUUAUAAAAAAAAUUGAUUAUUGCACUUCGUAUUGAUACGAAAAUUGAAGAGAUCUCAGAAAUGUUCUAAUGAAGAACAAUAUUUAGUUUGAAAAAAAAUAAGAAAAAAAAAUGCAAUAAUUUUUCAAACAUUUUCAAUAACACUUUAAUGGACUGGUUGAUAAAUAAAUAUAUAUAAAAAAUAUAUCACUUUUUGCCAAGACGAUAGAAGAUCGAAUGAGAUCUCUUUUAAAAGCAAAGGAAUAAUACUUCAAUUUAAAACAAAAACAGACUAGAAUGACUAUUGGGUCAAUUAUAAAUCGAGUAUUGAAUAGAAUUACUGAACGAGUUUCACAUUUUUGAACCAUUUCAAUUACAUACUAAAAGGACUAAAAGUCUUUAUCUUUUGAGUGUAGAUUUUUUUUCAAAUAUUGCCAAUUAAUUUUGUUUCGUAUUCGAGAUAAUAGUGCAAUAUUUUAUAGAGGAAAACAGCAUUAGGGCAAAUUCACAUUGACCGUCAUAUUCUUACUGUUAUCGUCAAUGUUUCACUUGGUUUACGGAUUUAGCCAGUUUUCAGAAAAAUUCGCAAUUACUAUUUUUUUUAUCAUAAUAUUCCAAUAUGAAGCAAAUAAAACAAAAUUAAAAAAUAAAGAUACAAUAAACGGUAAUCAAUAUUUGCUAUAUUUAUGUGCCAUUCUUGCGUGCACAGUUUCCCGUUCAUUGCGCAAUUACGAUUUAAUAUUCUUAACUGUAAUAUUUUCGUAAUCACAACCAAUUAUUAUUCUUGAGAUUUAGUUAAUUAUCUACGAAUGAGCUGAUAAUGCCACUCGGGUUAUACAGAAACCCGUGGAGAGCUAGAAAAAUCCAUCAGGAAUUAGCAGAUCUCAUUGGUAACCCGAGGAUCAUAUGAAGAAUUCGGGAAACCCGUUAUCAGGAAAUCUGCGAAAAAUGUUUUAGCAUCUUAUGGAUCAUUAGGAACCGACUAAAAGCUUACAUAACCCACUAGGAACGAUUUGAAAAUAUGUUUUCGGAGAAUACUGACUUCAUCAGUUUGUAAUAUGAGUUACGAAUUUAGAGUGAUCAUAGCCCAAUUUCCCCCGAGAGCAAAGACAUUCGAAGAUCGAUUCUGUUAACAAGAAAAAGACAUUACUAACUUUUUCGAAAGAUUCGAGAAAUUGCGGUGUCAUCUUGUGUCAAUUUUUACUAAUAAUCAUUCGAUAGUCCUCUUUUAUUAUUAAAUCCCUUCUUAUCACCGAGUAACAUAUUUGUCAUCUUCUUAGAGAGAUAUUUCAAAUAGGUGUAAUUAGAAGGAAUCACACCUAAAAAUUGUAUAAUUUUGCGCGAAUUUUGAGUAUGAAAAUUCGAAAUUCUGUUUGAAUUUUACGAACAAGUAAAAUUCAAAAUAUUUUAUUGUACACGUAUAAUGCUACCUUUUAAUUGAGACACUUUAAGAAAAUCAAGACCCAGUUUUAAGUACAUAGAUUGGGUGUCAUUGAUUUUUGUAAUCAAAAACGGUUUUACCGUUUUACCAUAGCGGUUUCAGAAUCAGAACACAAAGAUACGAACGCUUUUUUGAUGAUGCAUACUCAAUCAUCCCCGCUAGAUAGAUAGGUUCUAUAGUUCACCAAUAUUCAUAAAAUUUAACAAAUAACCUAGACAAUACUUGAUCACGAUUGUUCAAGGAUAGUAUCUCUGAAGAGAAUACGAAAUACAGCUUUCAAAGAUCGGACGCGUUCCAGAUGGCGGAUAGGGGAAGCUUGUAUUUGGUCCUAGAAUUUGUCCUAGGACCCCUUGAAUUUGUUUGGAAAUUGCGCUGCAGGCGCGUAGUGGUAUUUUUAGAUCAACAAGAAGUCCUUUGUGAAUACUGAACCGUAGAUUAAACCAAAUGAUUUAAAUAGCAAGAUUUAUUUGAGUAUCACGAGGUGGAAUCAGGAAAAUAAAGAAUUGUGAAUUUGUCUGAAAAUUGCGUGAAAAGCUGCGGUAGAUGUGGGUGAAAUUAGCCCCCUGAAAUGAUUUUGCCCCCUACUGUCCAUAUGUUUUUCUUUAAUUCUAGCAUUUAACGGUCUUGACCGAUCCGAUCUAUCAUAUCUGCUCAGUGAAAACCAUCCUUAAGUGCUGGAAUUUAAGAAAAGCUAACAAAUAGCCGGGAAGAAAAGGCGAGUCCGCAUCUACGGUACUUAAAAUGACUAAACCGGACGAGGUGUUAAGUCGUAAGAAUUUGAAGGUCGUUGUGAAUAUGCCAAUUGAAAAAAAGGAUAAUAAAUUCACAUAUAAAAGAUUGUAGAGAAAUUCUGAAAAACUAAAAAAAAAUAACCAAAACUUAGUGAUAGUUUUUAGGUAAAAUGUUAUUUUAUCACUUUUUACGGAAAUGCCUGAUAAUAAAGUAGAUUACUUCAAACAAAAA